UAUUCGGAUGGGGGAACUGAGUGCCAGAGAGGUCUGCUGCUUGUUAGCUGUGUGAUCUUGAAUAAGUCACCUCAACUCCUCGAGCUGCAAAGUUUGUUUGUUGUAAGGAAUAAAUACGAGAGUGUGCGUUAGAGUGCUUUUAAACUGUGAAUUUCUCUGCAAAUCAAGUUUGCUUUUAUCCCCGUAACAGUUGCUACCAUGUCUUAAGCACCACACCCUGGAACUGUGCUGAGCACUUUGCAUAUGUUAUCUAAUCAUCACAACAAACCCAUAUUUUAUUUUGACUAGGGGCAAGUGUAGACUCUGAGGGGUAAAGUGACUUGCCCAAGGUCGGAGAACAAGUGAGUGUAGAACUGGGUGGGAUUCUCAGCUAGGAAAGGCUGCCUGCAAAGCACUAAGCUUAGCCAUGAAUCUAUGUUACUUCUUCUCUUAUUUCUAUUGGUAGAUUUGUUGCAAAUGCCUGGGUUAUGCAUUUGUUGCCUGUGGGAAUAUGGAUAUUUUAAAAAUUAGUUAGGGGGCUCUAAAGUUAUUCCUGGAAAGAUGAGAGGCCCUGGGAAUCAAUAUUUUUAUAAGGUUCAGGACAGGCUUUCCUGACAUAUGACAUUCUUUUUAUCCCUGUGGAAAGGAACUAGAGCUGGUAUUGCACAUUUCAUGUAUAGGUUAGUGCACCAGGGAAUCAAAACGAGAAACAGAGGUGCCUAUUGAUGAUUAUUGCCAAAAUUUUUCUAGAGAAAACUCUAUAGGAGAGAAUGUCAGAUGCAGAAAAAAGCCCACUAGAAGAAACAGAAGAUGGAGAAACGGAAAUGGAAGAUGAAGAAGAAUAUAAUCCAGAUUACCAAAAGCUAGAAGAUGAAGAAGGAGAAGAGGACACAUUAGCAUGGAAGGAGUCUCAGGAGACAGAGGCAGCUAUAGCAAAGGAAAUGGAGGAACAGGCUGGAGAAGGUCAGGAGGAGGAGAUUGCAGGAGAACAGGAAGAAAUCGCUGUGCCCCAAGAAAUCACCCAGGCUAUGAUGAGUUUUGAACAACUUACGUUUCCUGGUUCCCGGUCAAUCGAGUCAGGAGCUUCCCCCAAAAAACAGAGUGGCGGCGGGUCAGAGCAUUUAUUAGAACCGGAGGGUUCUGAAGUAGUUGAGCUUUCACCAUCUGAAAUUCCUAAUUUGGAUCAAAACGGUUCUGAGGAGCAACAGCCCUCGGAUGAGCUUGUGGAGAAGACCGAUCAGACGCCCGAACGUGAAGUAGGACCAGAAAAGGGAGGGUGGAGGAAAGGAAAGAGAGUCUCAUGCUACCUCAACCCAGAAGGCAAAGCAGCGGCCCCAAAGGAGUCGCUGGUGUCCACCAGCACAGAAGAUGCUUUGUUUAGAAAGGACGACAGCGCCAGAGUGUUCCCCUUGACCAUGACUUGGGCGUUUGGAUGGAACAGUUCCCUCCCGGUUUUCAGUAUUCGAGAUGAGAAUCAGAGGGUUCUUCUGUACGUCUGCGCGCACACUGUGGUCAUCUACGACGUUUUCAGGAACAGUCAGCACCACCUUCAGGUAAGCAGGGCUUCCUUACUGAAAGCACCAGAGAUUGUCUUUACCUUGCACGGAGCGUUCUGUUUUGUAUUCCAAGGGCUAACUUUCUUAUGCUCAUGUGCCUGUGGCUACUCUGAAAUAUGGCCCAAGAUGAGGAAGGAGGAGGAUGUUGACGUUGCUUAUUCCACUAUAUGCAUAGACCACAUUUUGUCAAUCCAUUCAUCCGUUGAUGGACACUUCGGUUGUUCCCACCUUUUGGCUGUCGUGAAUAGAGCUGCUCUGGGAAGCCAGUUCUACUUCAGCAAAUGCUCGUCCCUCCUUGUCCUGUUUUGCAGUAUCCCUGUGCACACAAUAUUUGACAGCUGCCCAGAAGGCAACGGCAUUAGGGCGAUAGCCAUCACCCACGACGCCAAGUAUCUGGCAACCAUCUCAGAUGGUAAAGACCAGAAAAUUUGCAUAUGGAAGUGGACCUUAGCCGUGGAGACGCCUGCAUGCACUCUGGACCUUAACAAGGAGUAUGGUUUUCAGAACUACCUUAUUUUUAAUCCAACAAAUAAUAAAGAAUUGGUGAGCAAUAGUAAAACGCGGGCAAUAUAUUAUUCAUGGUAUGAAGAGAAAAAUACACUUGCUCACAGUGCCCCACUUUUAACAGAAAAAACAUUCAACAAGCUCGUGGGAAAAUUCAGCCAGUCCGUCUUUCACCUGAAUUUAACACAAAUACUCUCGGCAACAAUGGAAGGAAAGCUGGUUGUCUGGGACAUACGCCGCCCGCCACCAUCUGCCAUCACCUUUUUGGGCUUUCCCUAUAUCAAACCUUGUAAACUGGUUCAUUUGCAGAAGGAAGGCAUCACUGUGCUCACUACAAUUGAUAGGAACUUUGUCAUCGCAACGUCGGAUGCCACCGUGUAUCACCUAACGGCAGACGGGACCAAACUGGAGAAGUUGUUCGUGGAGCCCAAGGAUGCCAUCUGCACAGUCGCCUGCCACCCGUACCAGCCCCUCCUUGCCAUUGGGAGCUUGUGUGGGAUGAUCAAAGUGUGGGACUACGAGAGUAAAACGUACCUUUUCAGCAGGGUCUUUGAGAAGGGCAUUGGCGUCCAGAGUCUGACCUACAACCCGGAAGGAGCCAUUCUCGGAGUUGGCUUCACAGAGGGGACAGUUUACAUUCUUGAUGCAAUGUCCUUAGAAAACGAAAUCGCGGAGCCUUUCAAAUAUUCCAGAAGCGGUGUGACUCAUAUAAGCUUCUCCCAUGACUCCCACUAUAUGGCCACUGCGCUGAGACAACAAACAAAAAAUCAUAAAAUCUUUGUUCAGAUUUGUGGAAUUAAAGUUUUUUCUUCUUUUUUAUCAUGCAGAAAGACACUUCUUGGGCCAACUUACGGUUCCCCCAUUGAACAGAUCCAGCUCCUCCCAGUGAAAACCACUAGUGAACUCCAGAAACGCUACUUGGUGUUUAUUAACAGAGACAAGGUCGGACUCCAGAUCUUACCAGUCGAUGGCAAUCCACAUAAGACAUCUGCUAUCAUUUGCCACCCGAAUGGGGUGGCUGGGAUGACCCUUUCCUACGACGGCUGCUACGCCUUCACGGCAGGAGGACAUGACCGCUCUGUCGUGCAGUGGGAAAUUAACUUAAGGUAUGUGAGGGGGACGGAAUCUUGGCCCCGCAAGACAGGUGUCAAGUGUCACUCAGCAACAGGAGGCAGGUGUGGAACACCCAAGAGGGCCAGGCCCUGCGCAAGGCCUGCAUGUACCCAGGGUGAGGCCUGGGCCCGGCCUGGAGGCUGCAGAGAGGCAGCCCCUCAGCUGGACAUCGGCCUCCACGGCCUGCGAACGGAGUCCAGCAGUGGGGUGAAGACAGGGCCCUGCUGGGGGCAACAAGCCUCCUUCUCCAGUCAGUGCGGAGACACUGGGACGGUCACCCAGGAGAGGGUGUGGGGUGACGGGGACUUGGAGAAGGACAUCUCCCUGUUGGUCCAGGGCAUUCUGGAGAGUAGUGUGAGCAUGGGCUGUGCCUUCCCCACGGACUGGGAGACUGGAUCACACUCAGAGCGCUCGGCCCGCUCCUUCUUCCCCGGCUCCAGCCCAGACCUCAGUGUGCCUGGCGCUGGCGAGAUUAACGAUAUGUUUAACGAAAUCAAAUUUGGAGAGUAUGUGGACACUGGAAAGAUUGUCGAUAAAAUAAACUUACCAGAUUUCCUCAAAGUUUACAUCAAUCACCGGCCGCCUUUUGGUAACACCAUGACUGGUAUCCAGCACAGCUUCAAGGUGCUGGGUUACACCAACUCAGAAGGAAAGACGGUUAUCCAACGAGAGGAUUUCCUGAGACUGCUUCUAACAAAAGGCGAGCACAUGACACAGGAGGAGAUGUUGGAUUGCUUGGCCACGCUGUUUGGCAUGAACCCAGAGGGCUGGAAAUCCGAGCCUGCAACCACCUCUGUCAAAGGUUCAGAAAUUUGCCUUGAAGAAGCACUCCCAGACGAAAUCACAGCAGAAGUAUUCACGACUGAAAUUCUUGGCUUAACCAUUUCAGAAGAUUCCGGACAAGAUCAUAUGGUCAGUGACGUGUAAGGAAUGUCUGUAGCACAAAGGACUUUGUGUUUUGGUUUUUUUUUUUCCCCAAGAGUCACUGCUUUCUCUGUACUUCCCUAUCCCUAGUCUAUAAUCUUUAGAAUUUGUAGGCAUUAAAAUGGGAAGCAAUGAAUUCACAAAGUUGGACUUUCUGCUGUUUCUGAAACAGAAAAGU